CUUUGCUGAACAUAGCAGUAGCGCCAAGUAUCUCUGCCUUACGAAGCGAACAAUUCCGUUUAUCACCUGCAACGUGUGCACAGUUUGCUUGCCCAACUUCUCCUAGGCCCCCGUCCUCCUCGAAUCGGUAACAAAAUGCUAGCUGCCCAGCAAAACCUUCGAUGCAAUGCGAGCGGCCGUGUUAGCAGCUCUCGCAACGCCCGGCGAGUUCUGCUAGUUGCCGCGACGGCUGCGCCUGCCCAGGCAGCACACGCAGCCAACGGCGCUCCUGUGUCAUCAUACACGGGUAAACCCGCGCGUGUGGCUACCGUGAAGCGGAAGACGAAGGAGACCGAGGUGGAGGUGACCAUCAACCUGGAUGGCACGGGCGUGUGCGUCGCGGAAACCCCCGUCGGCUUCCUGAACCACAUGCUCGACCAGAUCUCCUCUCACGGCCUGUUUGACCUGACGGUCAAGGCCACGGGCGACACCUGGAUUGACGACCACCACACCGUCGAGGAUAUCGCGCUGGCGCUGGGCGGCGCCAUGUCGCAGGCGCUAGGCGACCGCAAGGGCAUCCACCGCUUCGGCGAGUUCAGCGCGCCGUUAGACGAGGCGCUGACGCACGUCGUCCUGGACCUGUCGGGCCGGCCGCACCUGAGCUGCGACCUCAACAUCCCGGCGCAGCGCAUUGGCACAUUUGACACCGAGCUGGUGGAGCACUUUUUCAUGUCCUUCUCCAACACCUCGGGCACCACACUGCACAUCAGGCAGCUGGCCGGAAAAAACUCGCACCACAUCGUGGAGGCGACCUUCAAGGCCUUUGCGCGCGCGCUGCGCAAGGCCUGCGAGUACGACGAGCGCCGCGCGGGCCAGAUUGCCAGCUCCAAGGGCGUUCUGACGCAGAAGUGAGAGGAGGGCAGCGGCAAGGAGGGAGAGAGCGGCCGUUGAGGAGAGGCGGUGAAGGUUAGGAGCGUUGCACGCUACAGCAGAAGCUUGGUAUUUCACUUGAAAAGACGUGAGAGCUGCUUGGCAGGGAGAGCAGGAUUGGGAGAGCUGGGCGGGUGUUUGACAUGCAUAGAAAGGUGGGUGGGUGUACAGCAGGCACUACUGGGGCGCAGGUUGCUUUCGUUGCAAACCUGGUCAAGGCAUGGCCUGGGGGACACGGUGUGGACAAGUGGAGUCGCGGCGGGCACUGUACAGCGCGUGGUCGGCUGUCUGGUCGGCUGAUGGUAGCUCGGCUUGACGGGAUGAGUAGCUUGGGACGAGAAAGCGCGUUGUGGUUGACCGGCCUGUUGAUGGGCCUCGACUUGCACAAAAGGUGGUUGGUUCAGAAGUUGACCCGCCACGCUUGCGCAGGGCGGGGGGCGCAGCAUGCAGUCUCACAAGGCAAGCUAUGCCCUUAUGGUCAGGUUGACUGGGGUAGAUUCGGGCGUGAUUGCUGGGAUGAGUCAGGCGUGACGACAGUCCGCUGGUCUAGGUAAAGGGCGAAUGCAAGCGGUGUAACACAGAGUUCUUGUGGCGCCGUGGCCCGUUGUGUAGCGGGUGCUUCCCGGCACAGGUCUGGUGGCUGGUAGGCGGCUGCCAUGGCUGCGGUCAGAGAUACAGAGGGCCUCGCCCCAAGUCCAUAACGAACAUCCGCAUUCAUAACGAACGAGACUCA